AUGGAUGAAGCAAAGACACUCUUGAACGAACUCAUUGGUAAAUUCAAGAAUCCAGUCGAAAAGCAGGUUCUUGCGGCUCUAAGCUUACAAAUGAAGGAAGGUAGACACAAGAUAGAAAGUGUGACAAAGACAUUGCAGGAAAACAUGCAGCUGUUUAGGAAGAAAAACAUGCAGCUGGAGUCUGAAGUCAGGAAGUACUCGUAUGCGCUAACUAAGAAAAAUGAUACAUUCGCAGAGCUCAAUACCGAGAAGCUAAGACUUGCAAAGAAAAUAGUUGAGCUGGAAGAUGAAAAUGAAAAACUCCGAGCAAGUAUUAUAGAGACCGAUAAGAAAAUACAAGAAGCAGAAGAAAAGAUUAGAAACAUGAAUAGGCCAUCAUUCAAUGAAAUAUACCUGGAGAUAGUGAAAGGAUUUGGAAUGGAAUUUGUUGAAAAGAGCGAUGGCACGUGGCUAAGGAUAAAAAGUCGCAAGAUGAACGAUGUUUUCAUGAUGCCAAUAGAUACAUGCACAAAUAUGCUUGAUGUUGCAGAUAUGGUCUGGGUAAAGAUUUGA